AUGAAGUUGCACACUCUUCUUCUCGCCGCCAUCCUCAUCCCAUCAUCCUUCGGCCUCACUCUUCCGCUCAGUAGACUCGAAAACGAGAAAAGACUUGAAACGUGUGGAACUGCAAAGCGCGGUUAGUUUUGGGCUGGAAAAGACAGACAACUGAAGAAAAAGACAAUGUAUGACGGAGGAUUUCCGGAAAACUAUAAUACCGUUUGUUCAAAACGGUAUAUCUCAGUUGCCGAAAGAGAUAGGAAAAAGUUGUCAACGGAUAAAAUGAUCACUGAAAAAUUUUGCACAUUUUGCCAGUUGACCACUUUUUUAUAUUUCUACACUGACAGCUCAAAUAUGACGUUUUGAAGUGACGUCCAAAUUCCAGGAAAAGUGUUUCGCGGCGAGAAUGCGUCUCAACUGGAGGCUCCGUGGACCGUGAUGGUCCGCAACGGCGGAAUGCUGUGCACGGGGACGGUCGUCUCGCCACGUCAUGUGCUGACUGCCACGCACUGCUUCGCCGGUCGGCUCAACGAAGACGGCUGGGGAGCUGUGCAGCGGAACCGCGCGAUGUGCAUCAACGGUCACUUUCACAUGUUCGACUUCAUGGAACUCGAUCCGGUCGCCAUCGUUUCCGAUGAGAAAAUCGUGGCGCACAGUGCGUCGAACAUUAUUCUGCUGAACGCGUGCCUCGCGAAGAAGACGUCGGGCCGGCUGGGAAGGGCGCAGGUUUGGGAGGACAUUGCCAUCGUGACGCUCCUCGAGGACUUGCCCUUCUCGGAUACUCUGCAGCCGGCGUGCGUUGCUGGUGGGUCAUGGCCUAGGUUUUCUGGGAUGCGAGACUAAAAUAUGCUUUCAGCACCUGGAGAAGUUCCUGUCGGCCUCGAUUUGAAGUACUAUGGAUUCGGAGCCUAUCGUGAGACUUUUCGGGGGAAGUUCACUGCUUCAAGUUGUUUGUUUUCAGCGACAUUGAACGGCUACAAUACGGGUGUUCUGCGACAAGAAUCGACGCAGACGUUGAAGUCGGAGCUGAACAUUCCAGAGUACUUUUUCGAAGCGAGAGACCCGAACGGACGCACCAUUGCCUGUCCGGUGAGCGAAGAGCACUAACACAACUGACUGUUCUAAUUCUAAUUCUAAUUUAGGGUGACAGUGGCGGCGGAAGUGUGAGCAUCAAAGACGGAAAAGCAACUAUUGUCGGAGUCCUUUCGCAGAGUAACUGCAAUAUCAUGGAAAAAGUCGCUCAAAAACUAUAACCUUUCAGCCAACUGCCACGCGAAACGUGGCGACGGCGCCGCGCACAAAGAAAUCUAUUCGUCGGUGCCGUACUACGCGAAACUGGUGUGCCAGUUCGAAGGAAUCUGUCCGGAUUCGGAGACGUUCGAGAAGAUUCACGUGAGGAGACACGACGAGUUGGUGCCCAAAAAGGAGAAGGUCGAGGGCGCGAGCACUGUGGACACGCUGCCGUUCUUGGCUCUCGCUUUGAUGUCUGUGACCGUGAUUUGGCUGUGA